AUGGUAAGCGAUACAACAACUUCUAGUGAACUCAAAAUUGGAGAUCAAUUCGAUUGCGCUCUAGACUUAAUGCGUAGACUUCCUCCACAACAAAUAGAAAAAAACUUAUGUGAUUUAAUAGAUUUGGUUCCUAGUUUAUGUGAAGAUUUACUGUCAUCUGUCGACCAGCCCUUGAAAGUGGCUAAAGAUAAGGAUUCAGGCAAAGAUUAUUUGUUGUGUGAUUAUAAUAGAGAUGGUGACUCAUAUAGGUCUCCAUGGUCCAACACAUACUACCCACCCCUAGACGAUGGCUCCAUGCCUUCGGAGCGCCUACGUAAAUUAGAACUCGACGCCAACCAUGCUUUCGAUCAAUAUAGGGAAAUGUACUUCGAAGGCGGCGUAUCGUCGGUGUACUUUUGGGAUUUGGACCACGGAUUCGCCGGCGUUAUACUCAUCAAAAAAACCGGCGACGGCAGUAAAAAGAUCAAGGGGUGCUGGGACUCCCUGCAUGUGGUCGAAGUGCAAGAAAAAAGUUCCGGCAGGAAUUCACACUAUAAAAUGACUUCUACUGCUAUGUUGUGGCUGCAGACCAACAAACAGGAAUCCGGUACAAUGAAUUUGGGCGGCAGUCUUACCCGACAGAUGGAACAAGACAGCGUAGUGAGCGAGUCCAACCCACACAUCGCGAAUAUAGGGCGCAUGGUCGAGGACAUGGAAAAUAAAAUUCGUAACACUCUAAACGAAAUCUACUUCAGCAAAACUAAGGACAUCGUGAACAGUUUAAGGUCGGUGCAGCCGUUGAACGAGAGUCGUCAGCAGCAGGCCCUGAAGCAGGACCUUGCGGCAGCCCUGCAGCGCCGCCACAACAAAUCAGACAACUGA